CGAUCUUGAAAUAAGAUUCGACUAUGAAUACCAGCCUACGGGUGCGUUCUACUUAAAGCUCGCAACAACCGUGGAAUCAUUUCAUCCUUGUUGGUUAUCAAAUAUUAAACAAGGAUAAGCAACGCUCAUGAGCGUUGCGAGCGUUAAGUGGAACACACCCUAUAAGGUCUAUGGUGCUGGCAUUCCUCCUCCAUGUAUAUAUACUCAAAGGCUUUUCUGCCAGAGUAUGAAUUCUCCUUUAGAUCUAUGAUCCGUGGUCGUUAUCACGCUUUCGCAUGAUACACAAGGCUAUGGCUACAUUUGACGUAUAAAAUAAAAGGAAGAUGGUGACUGACCGAUAGCGGGGUUUUUAUGAUAACUCGAAUCCCGAAUAUUUCUACUAUUCUGGCACUGCGAUAAGAUUGAGCCGAUUAUGUGAGGAAUGGAUGACGGACCGUCACUGGAGAUAUCAAAACCACCUAUUUUGAUAUCGCAAGAGAGAGUGAUUCAGUGAGAAAAUUAUGAUUUCUUUGAAGUAGUCACCUUGAAUCGCAAUAAAUUUCUUACAAUGUCUCAUUGCGAAGAGGAUGCGACGUCCCCUGGUUUUCACCAAUUAAGUAUUACAAUUGAAGCAGCGAUACUAAGAAGUUCAACUUUUUUGAAGCCUAAUCCAUAUAUAGAGUUUUCGGUCGAUGAUAAAAGUCCUCGUAAAACAGAGGUAUCAAAAGCCACGUAUCAACCGAAAUGGAACGAGGAAUUCACUAUACUUGUCACGCCGUAUUCACAAUUGCAUUUUCGAUUACUUGACCAUAGCACAUUUCGCAAGGAUACAUUAAUAGGAGAGAAACGGAUAAACUUGUUUCAAGUGUUGUCACAUUAUAAUGGAAAAUUAGAAAAUUUAGAAUUGACAUUUGAUUUGAUGAGCGAGAGCAAGCACGAUUCUCAAUUGUGUAAAGUCGGUGAAUUAAUUACGGUGUUUGAUGGACUUAGAAUUGAUACCAACGAAUUGCUGUUAAACAUUAAUGAACCAUCUUGUCAAAUUCAACCUGAUGGUGCCACGAAUGAUGCAAUUAACAACCGAAGUAUUCUCAAUGGUGGAGUUCGCGCACGUAUGAGACUACACAGCUCCGAAAAUCUAACACCGUCUAUAUAUCGCGGCUUGACCAAUAUCAACCUCAGUCCCAGUUAUAACGGGCAGACAAAUAGCAAUAAGAUUGUUAGCCUUUCUUCUGCAGUUUCAACUACGGACGGAACGUCGAGUGGUAAUGCCGUUGAUAGCGCCAGCAGUAGCAGCAACUUCUCCACGGGUAUCCUGGUGAAUGGACACGCGAUUCCAAUGACGGACAAAUCUAUAUCACCGGGAAAUCGGCAUGCCGUGGAUGCACGAAUUUUUACGGGUAGAUCGUCGGUCGUCAAGGAGCCUCAAUCCUCGACGUCGGCCAAUCCUGAGAGCCGGGCGUAUACAUGGAGCAGUUACAGCAAUACGGAUCAAUCUGCCACAAUAGUCAGAUCGGACUCGCGUGGAUUGCCGCGAUCGGAACAAGCUUCUUCAAUGGUAUCUUCUCAACAACAGAUUUGUACGGAUGUCCGUGGAAUUCUCCGACAAGACCAUCAAUCUAUGCUGAUUGGUAUAGAUGGUUCUGGUAUUCAAACGGACGCGAAUGUGUCGUCGAACGUGGACACGUGCGGCAGUGUUGCCGGCGGCGCUCUACGGAUAGAACAAUCGAUUUUCACGGCUUCUCCGGACGACCGCGCAAUUACGCGUUCGGAACAAUCGACGAACGUUCUUCUGGCGGAUGAUUUACAGGAUCUGCGUGGAACUGCAAGGCAACUAGAUCAGCCGAUGAACAUCCGGCGAAUGAGUGCAACAAUUAGUGAGGAUCAGCGCGCGGUAAGGCAACAAUCGGAGCAAUCUGCGAGCAUUCGCGUGGCCGAAGACGUACGAGGGAUGAGAAACCAGCAAACAGAACAUUCCACAUCCACGAAUGUUCGCGUAGCCGAAGAUAUGCGCGCAAUAAGACAAUCUCAUCAGGAACAAUCUUCUGUGAGUGUUCGCACCCAGGAGGACGUGCGAGUUCCGCGCUCCAUAGAGCAGUCAAUGAACACGACGACACCGCCGCUUUUAGACCUACGUGGAGGAUCUUCACGUGGAGGUGGAGGAGGAGGAGGAGGAGGAGGUGGUGGUGGUGGUUGUAGUGGUGGUAGUGGUGGUGGAGCAGGAGUUGCUCAGCAGAACUCGAAUGUCCCGCUAACGGACAGUUGUGCUGUGGUUUUCCGCUCGGAUGGACAGUCUGCGGUAAUCCCGCUCACCGACGGACGAACGAUUCCCAUUGUGGAGCACAUGUCAUCUGCCGCGUUGUCAGAUUCUCGAUCUAGUAUUGUUCCACGAAAUUCGCAGGCUGCAACUUUACUGUCCAGUCAGGCGUCCAUGUCUGGACAGUCUGUGAUGCAAUCGGGAUCCUCCGUAGUACUUGCUGAAGAUAUCAAUCACUCUGAGGAACCCUUGCCGCCCGGUUGGGAAAUGAGAUACGAUUUGUAUGGGAGAAGAUAUUAUGUCGAUCAUAAUACCCGAAGCACAUCUUGGGAAAGACCGCAACCUUUACCUCCUGGAUGGGAAGUUCGUCGAGAUCCGAGAGGUAGAAUUUAUUACGUUGAUCAUAAUACAAGAAGCACCACGUGGCAAAGGCCGAAUACAGAAAGAUUACAACAUUUUCAACAUUGGCAAGGCGAAAGACAAUAUGUCGUCCAACAAGGCAAUCAAAGAUUUCUUUAUCCUCAGGCUCAUGGUAGUCAAGCUGCUGCCGGUCCAUCAACAUCUAUAGUUGAUGAUGACGAUGCUCUGGGACCAUUACCGGCCGGUUGGGAGAAACGAAAACAACCGGAAGGAAGAGUUUAUUAUGUAAAUCAUAAAAAUCGUACCACGCAAUGGGAAGAUCCUCGAACGCAAGGCCAAGAAACCGGAAUGGAUGAGCCACCAUUGCCGGACGGUUGGGAAAUACGCUUGACGGAAGAUGGAGUUCGAUAUUUUGUGGAUCACAACACUCGAACGACAACAUUUCAAGAUCCGAGACCAGGUGCACCUAAAGGCCCGAAAGGUGUAUAUCGUGUUCCGAGAGCGUACGAGAGGUCAUUCCGAUGGAAACUAUCUCAGUUCCGUUUUUUGUGUCAGACUAACGCGCUGCCUAAUCAUAUUAAGAUUAGCGUUAGUCGACAGACAUUGUUCGAGGAUUCUUAUCAUCAGAUAAUGAACGCAGAGGCUUUUGCAUUAAGACGACGAUUGUAUAUAAUAUUCAAAGGAGAAGAAGGUCUGGAUUAUGGAGGUGUAUCUAGAGAAUGGUUCUUCUUAUUAAGCCACGAGGUUUUAAAUCCAAUGUAUUGCCUAUUUGAGUAUGCCAACAAAAGCAAUUAUAGUUUACAAAUAAAUCCAGCAUCGUAUGUCAAUCCUGAUCAUUUACAAUAUUUUAAAUUUAUAGGAAGAUUUAUUGCAAUGGCUCUUUAUCAUGGCCGAUUUAUAUAUAGUGGAUUUACAAUGCCAUUUUAUAAGCGCAUGUUAAAUAAAAAAUUAGUGAUGAAGGAUAUAGAAUCUAUCGAUCCAGAGUUUUACAAAUCCCUUGUGUGGAUAAAAGAAAAUAACAUCGACGAAUGUGGCCUAGAAUUAUAUUAUAGUGUAGAUUUCGAGAUUCUCGGUCAGGUGAUACAUCACGAGUUGAAAGAAGGUGGUGAUAAAGUUAGAGUAGGUGAAGACAAUAAAGAAGAAUACAUCAGAUUGAUGACAGAGUGGAGAAUGACGAGAGGUAUAGAGGAGCAAACGAAGGCAUUUUUGGAAGGUUUUAAUUCGGUUGUACCGCUUGAGUGGCUUAAGUACUUUGAUGAACGCGAAUUGGAGCUUAUGCUUUGCGGUAUGCAGGAAAUAGACGUCGAAGACUGGCAGCGCAAUACUAUAUAUAGACACUAUACUCGUAACAGCAAACAGAUCUUGUGGUUUUGGCAGUUUGUGACGAGAACAGAUAGCGAAAAGAGAGCUAGAUUGCUGCAAUUUGUAACGGGUACUUGCCGUGUACCUGUCGGUGGAUUUGCCGAACUUAUGGGAAGCAAUGGGCCACAAAGAUUUUGUAUAGAGAAAUUCGGGAAGGACACUUGGUUACCAAGAUCACAUACCUGUUUCAAUAGACUAGAUUUGCCACCUUACAAGAGUUAUGACCAAUUAGUAGAAAAACUGAAUUAUGCGAUUGAAGAAACGGAAGGCUUUGGCCAAGAAUAAGCAUUGUGAACAUAUUAAUUAAUGAUUAACGUAAUAGGUACGCUACAACUUGUGUAUAAUUAAUGGACGAUAAGAACGAAAUUUAAGCGUCCCAAACUAAUGGCAAAUGACUAUUCCAUGCUAUAUUAAAAAUCCGUUUGGGGCAGUUAUAAUAAUAAAUAACAUUGUAAAAGUUGCAAAUAAUUAAAGAUGUGUAUAGAUUGUUUCAGAAAUGUAUGAAAUGUCGUAAAUUAUAUGCAAAUGUAAUAAUCUAAUAUCACUUUAUUAUAAUUUAUUUCAACAUAUUUCAUAUUUUAUCGAUAUUUUAAACUUAACUAUAGACAUUGAAUAGAACAUUAAUAAGACGGGAAGUUUAUAUAAUAAAAUUAACAAUAAUAUAAAUACACAUUAAAAAUAUCCAAUUUAAUAUUUCUGUAUGGCAUAGUGUUUAAUUUAUAUUUCCUCAAACAAAUCUUGAAAAAAUGGAAGAAAAAUAUUUAAAGGAAUAUAUAUGGUAUAUAUAUAUAAUUUUAAGACUUAAAUUUUGAAAUGUUUUUUUAACAUUUUUAAACUUUAACCCUUGGUUAUCACUUAUCUCCAAUCACAUUGUUGUUACAGUGGAUACAGCGCAUACACCCAUAUCGAUUUUCAAACGGUCAUGGUUUUAAAACAUCAGAAAUAUGAUAGCAAAAAGAAAUUGGAAAUUAACUCCGAACUUUUUAGAGUAUUACUUGAUUAUUAUGAUAUUAAAAUUUGAAAAAGUUUAUGUUGAAAAAAAAUCUUGAAAAUUGUAAUUUCCAGAAAAAUCAGUUUUUAUAAAAAAAUAAUCUUUUUUUAGUUUUAAAUAUUGUAAGUUAAAAAUUUACGUGGUUAUUGUUGAUAUAUAGUACAAGAAGGAUGGCGUGGUGGAUAUGAAGAGGUGACAGUAGGCGAAGAGGGCGCUGGAGUGUUCGAGUGGAAAGAAGAAGUAGAGAAGGAGCGGAGAGACAGAUGGUGGUGGAGGCGGUGAUGGAAAUGAACAGACGCGAUGGGAUCGAGUCAUGUGCAUGGACCAAGAAGGAUGAAGCCUCCAAUUGAUUGUAAUGGAGUGGUGAGAGCGAGAGACCGAGUCAUGCGCAUAGGCCGAAAAGGAGGAAGUCCCAAUCGGCCGACGGGAAGUGGAAUCGAAGAAGGGAUGAUGGUGGCGUAUGGUGGCGAGCGGGUCCUUUGAUAUGGAUUGGUACGUCGAUAUAUCGAUACAUCGAUGGAAGAUAGAUGGAACCGGAACCAGAGGAGGGAGGUAGGAGACGAGAGGUGGCAUGCAAGCGGCGGAUUGGUAUAUCGACUUAUCGGAGUAUCGAUGGGGUAAAGAUCGAGGAAUGGAAUUACCACACGGAUAUAAGGUUAGAAGUAGAUAGAAGGAAGUCGAGUGAUAGAGUGGCGAACGAGAAGUAAGAGUGAUUUAAGAAGGGAAGGUCAGAAGAGAAGUGAUUUUAAGGCUGGAGGAAAGUGAAGGAGGAAGAGAAGAUGGAUAAACUAAAGCUGUGCGGAGAGUUGAAAGAAAUGAGAAGAUGCAUGGAGAUGGUAAAGUUACUAAGAGAGUUGUGCAGAGAGGUGAGCAGAGGGAAAGAAGAAGAAGGAAGAUUGACGACGAGGAUUUAUGUGAGAGCGGAAGAAGAGGAUAGUAGGGGUGAGAAAAGAGGAAAAAGGUGAAGGUGUUAGGAUAGAGCGAAGAGGAUAAAGAAGGAGAAAGAGAGAGAGGAGGAAAAGGAGAGACGGGGAGAGAGAGAAAGGGAUGAUGGCAGCUGGGGAGUGAACGAGAUGGAGGUGAGGAGUAUCGAGAAGGCAAGGGUGGAGAAGGAAAUGGCGAGGAAGAGGAGGGGUAUACGUUUGAACAGAGGCAGAAGAGGAAAAUGGGUGAAAGUAAAGGAGGAGGAAAACAGAAGGAAGGAAGGAGAGUAGGAAACAGGAAGAACGAGAGAGAAGAUAGGUGGGAACACAGUGGAUACGAGGACGGACUGGAGAAAAAAAUUGAAAGAGAGAGGGGUUCAAGAAGAGAGAAAGAGGGUGCGCAGUUCCAGUCUAGGAGGACGGAUGAGAAGAUGGAGGAGAGGCGACUGGAAACGAAGAAGACGGAUAAGGAGAAAUUGGAAGAAGAAACUAAGGAGGUGAUUCGAGGAAAAGGAAGAGGCAAGAAAGAAGAAAAAGGAGAGGUGCAUUAUUUGGAGAGGGGUUGAAGGGGAUAACCAGGAGGAGACGAAAAAUUAUUAGGAUGAUUAUGGAGAGUGAGUUGGGGAGGAAGGUGUUAAGAAAAGUGGAGGAAAGAAGGCGGAGGUGAGUGAUCAACGGAAUUAAACGAGCUGGAGAACAGGGGUGAGAUCUUAGAGAGGGGCAUGGAGAUAAGGGGGAGCUGGUAUGUUAGAGUUGACGAGGACCUGACAAUAGAGGAGAGGAAGAAGAGAUGGAGAAUCGUGGAAGCGGCGGACAGGGAGAGGACGAAGGGUAGUUUUCAAUAACAGAUUUGGGUGGAAGGGCAAAAGUAGAAUUGGAAUGAGUAGGAGAGGAAGUGGAGGGAGGAGGGAGAGAAGAGUUGUAAGGCUGCUCAAUGGCUAGGGCGCGAGAUGGCGGAUAAGAUGUAUAUUUGUAUGUUUUAUGAGAUGAUUGUAUUAUGUGAUAAAAUUGUUGGAGUUGUAAAAAGUUUAGUGCACCCUGGAAAACACCCCGUUAACCCUAAGUGGAGUACGGAAUAAACUCACACAUACAAGUAGCUUUUUAAUCGGCGCUUAAAAAAGGGUAUUUAUUUUUAAGGUAGAAGAAAGGUACUUUUUUAAUAGAAAAAUGAUAUGCUUAUGUAGAAAAAUCAAUUAAAAAAAAAACGUAAUCAAUUUUUUAAUAACGUAAUAAAAAUCAAUUUUUUUAAAAACGUAAAAAAUGGUUUUAUUAGUGCUUCUCAUAUGGCAGUAUAUGAAAAUAGGUAAAAUUAAUCAGAGCCCUCACAGUCUGUACAUAAAUACACUCUAUGUUUGUCACAAAUUCGCCGUAAGCAUGAUAGACACUAGAGCCUUGUCUUCCCGUCUUUUAAGGCUUUGCAAAUAUCGCACUGUCCAUUACAAGCAAUACGUUUCGAAUACGGCUGCCUCAUAGAUUAUAUGCCCUAGCGCUACACACAUAACUUUAGAAAAUUAUCACUAAAUUGAAAAAAAAAUUUUCAGUAUCCGCACACUAUACUUACCCUUUUUAUGUAAAAACCACGUGAAAACAAGUAUUUCUCAAAUAAAAAAAAAACAACACCGUUAUCACACUCAGCGUAUCAUAUAGCGUAUCCUAAUUCUAAUGACUGCCAAAAAAAUUGACGCGUUUUUCGGCUUUGCAGUAGUUUGGCGUCAUAAAGGAGAUUUCAAUCUUUCAACAAAUGGCGUUACUAGUGCCAUAAGCAGACUAUAAGUAAGACUUAUUUGACUUCAAAGUUGACGCAUGAGUACACUGUACCCAGUAUGAUAACCAAGGGUUAAAAAACAUUUUUUUAAUGUCUUAUAUUUUGGAAUAUCUUCUAUAUUUUUCGAAUUAUUUGCCUAGAUCGAUUAAAAUAGGACACUAUAUGAUAUAGGAUGUCUAAUAACACUGUCCGAUAAAAUUUGAUUUUUUUUGUAACAUGAAUACGAAUAGUCACUUCCGACGUAUUUUUGCCUGCUGAACACGAAUCCGUUGUCAAAAGUUGGCUAUCACAUCACAAUUUUGAGAAAAACGACGUCAAAGGAGCUAAAAAUGACGAUUUCGAGAGUUUUCAAGACGUUAUAAUACCCGCACUAAAUUCUUUUAACAAAUUUUGUUAAUAUCCUUUGAAAAUAUCAACUUUUAGUUUUAGAAUGCACUUUGUUUUGUUUCGAUAUGAUUUUUUAUUCCCAAGAUAUCUGAAUUUUUGUGCACUUAGAUUACGGACGGAUUCGACAAAAUUUAAUUCUUUUUGGAACACGAAUGCGAAUAGUCAUUUCCGACGUAUUUUUGCUAAACACGAAUCUGUUGUCAAAAGUUGGCUAUUGUGUCACAAUUUUGAGAAAAAUGGCGUCAUAAGAGUUAAAAAUGACUAUUUCGAAGGUUUUCACGCCAUUUUUCUCAACAUUGUGACGCAAUGGCCAACUUUUGAUAACGGAUUUGUGUUUAGUAGACAAAAAUACGUCGGAAUUGACUAUUUGCAUUGGUGUUACAAAAAAAAUUCAAAUUUUGUCGGACAGUGAUCUGUCCGUAAUCUUAGUGGUCAAAAGUUCAGAUAUCUCGGCAAUGAAAAAUUAUAUCGAAACGAGCCAAGGUGCAUUCUAAAACUAAAAGUUAAUAUUUUUAAAGAAUAUUAACAAAAUUUGUUUAAAAAAUUUAAUUUCUAGUAUUAUAACGUCUUGAAAACUCUCGAAAUCAUCAUUUUUAGCUCCUUUGACGCCGUUUUUCUCAAAACGAUGUCAAACGAGCUAAAAUAAUAGCCAACUUUUGACAACGAAUUCGCGUUUAGCAGGCAAAAAUACGUCGGAAAUGACUAUUCGCAUUCGUGUUACAAAAAUAGUGUCGGACAGUGUAAUUAGUGAUAAAAAGUGCUUAGGACUUCAAGGAAUAGCGUUAUCCAUCAUUUCAUUGUUUUUGUUUCAUGUUUAAUAUGCAAAAAAGAUAAAAUAAUGUGCUAGUGAUGCGCUUUUUGAACACAGCCUAAAUAGAAUGGAUUAAACUGAACAGAAAAGUUCUGUAUUAUUUCAUGUGUCGCAAUAGGUAUAACAAAAAAUUAAUUAAAGAUUUGAAGAUUACGCGCAGGGACACACGCUGAUUCACGGAUCUUUAUUAAUUUUUCAUUGUUGAGAAACUCAGAUUGGUAAAAGAUUUCUUUUCUUUAAUUUAAUCUGUUUUAUUUGUCCGCGCAGAAGAUAAUGCAACUAUUAUUGAACAUCCUGUAUGUAUAUUAAUGUAUGAUAACUAAAAGACUUAUUAUAAUGUCUAAGUCUUUAGUAAAAAAUUGUCUUCAGUAAAAAAAGGAGGCAUUUUGUAUAAUUUAAAGUUGCAGUCCGAUGUAACAAGAUUUACCUACUUUUGUUAGAAUUUCAAAGAGUUACAAGUGUAUAUGAAAAUGAUUGAAAAUAUUUAUAUUGUAUAAUUUUUACUAAAUAUUUUAAUAUAUAAACGCGCCUAUAUUCAUACAGAAUCCAAAAUGUUUUUUUUGUAGUGUAUAAUGUACAUAUAAAAUUUAUGCGCGCACUUGCAAAGAAGAGUUCCAAAUUUAAUUUUUUGCCAGUGAAGAUAUUGCAGCAAAAAAUUUCAAAGAAAAACUGAAUACUAAAAGUAUAUUGCAUUUUUUUUCAAGUAGUAAUUUUUAAGAUUUUGAAUUUGAUUAAAGAAUAUUAAGCAGUCGCUUGUAUAGCAGUAGCCGUAUGUACAGUAAUUCAAUUAAUUAAGUAUUGCAAUACACAUACAUGUAACAUUUUUGCAUAUACAGGUUAUUUGGUAACAGAAAAUAUUUAAGGAGUGAUUCUAAUUGUAAAUGAUAAAAUAAAAUAAAAAUCAAGAACAAUUGCGAUUAAAGCUUUGUUUAUAUUCAUGUUCAUUAAGUACUUUUUAGGCGAAUAUUUAAACACUUAUAACUAAAAAUAGUCUUAAAAUUUUAUUUUUUAUUUUAUCAUGUCUAGAAUCACUUAAAAUUUUUUUUAUUGCUAAAUACUCUAUAUAAAAAUGUUUGGUGCGGGAGCGUCCAGAAUGGUCACGUUCGGAUUGACCAUUCAUAGGUUACUAUAACCUUUCUCUUGUAUCCACCAAUUAGAACAUUGUACGUUAAAUUAUUCGAUCGAUGGAUAUGGCCAUUCUGGUGCCACCCGUUUGGUGCCAAUCUCGCACUUCACAUUGUUUACUAUUUAGUAUUGAUAAAAAUUGCGUUCCCUCCCCCUUCUCUGUGUAAUAUUAUUUGGUAAUAUCAUUCAUUAUUUUAAUAUAUUUAAUAAGUAAAUACAACAUUUGUAGAUUUAUGGUUCAUUAAAAUUAUAUUACUAAUGUGA